AUGGCAUCCGCCAUUGCCCCAGCCCUCCCCGUGCCCCUGACCGGCCUCGUCAAGCACAUUGGUGAACACCCAGACACGCCAAUGGUGGAAAUCUUGGAGCCGUUCCGCAACUAUGAGGCCCAUCUCCGCCAGGCUUUUGCCCAAGACCCCGACAAUGAGCUGCUCAAGGACCCCCUUAUCAACGUCCUACCUCUCUUCACCGAAGAUACCCACAGCAUCAAGAUCAGGGCCCGCAACCUUGAGGCCGAAUCGAAGGUGGAGAAGUCCAGGUACAUCAUGCCUCUUUCCGCCGGAGUUCGACGCCCAGACAAGUCUCCCGCCGUUGUUCCGUCCUUGAAGGACUUCCAGCAUAAUUUCAACGUUUUCUCCGAGUCUUCGCUCGCUGAGCUCGAUUGGUACGUGACCGUGUUGCUUGCUGCUGUUCUAGCGACGCUGAGGGUGAAACUGACGAUCAAAAAUCCUUAUAGGAGCAAUGUGGUUGCAGCAGGAUCAUCUGUUGUCAACACCCUCCUUCCUGUUCCGGAUGAGUAUAACGGCUCCAAACGCGGCCUCCGCCAGUUUUAUCAUGAGAAGUUUUCGCCUGCUUCUGAUGUUGACCUGUUCUUGUACGGCCUUACCGAAGAGCAGGCCAUUGAGAAGAUCAAGGAUAUCGAAGCCCGGGUCCGCGAUGCGCUCCUGACAGAGACCACCGUCGUCAGGACGAAGCAUGCCAUCACCAUCUGUAAGCCAUUACCGCCCCCUAAACCGGCCAUCCUGGACCGCCUUGGCUCACACGCUCGUGCAGGCAGCCAGUAUCCAACUCGUCACAUUCAGAUUGUUCUGCGAAUCUACAAAUCCGUUUCGGAAAUCCUCACUGGCUUCGACAUUGACUGCUCAGGAGCCGCCUACGACGGCAAGCAAGUCUACUGCACACCCCGCGCUCUGCAGUCGUACAUGACGCAGAUCAACCACAUUGACUUGUCCCGCCGUAGCCCGUCGUACGAAAACCGCCUCUCUAAGUACAGCCACAGGGGCUUUGAGGUGUACUGGCCCAGCUUCGACCGUUCCCGGGUCGAUCCAACCAUUUUCGAGCGGAGUUUCAGGCUGACUGUCGGGCUUGCAAAACUCCUCGUUCUGGAGCGGCUUCCUACGCCCGGUGCGAGAGAUGCUUAUCAGGACAAGAGACGUGAGGAGAGAGGUCGCCCCCGUCUUGACCGCUAUUACCGUCGUUUCCGAUCCCUCGGCGGCAACAUCAAGGAAUACCAUGAGGAUGAAGUGGCGGACUGGUACAAUGACGAGGACGUUUCAAACUACCACACUUUCGCAAUUCCUUACGGCGUAAAGUUCAACGCCAAGCGGAUCGAGAAGCUCUGCUACACCAGGGAUCUUUUGCUCAAUGCAGAGUGGAACCAACCCGACGACAGAGAAGUUUAUCUCCAUCGUCACCCAGCCUUCUUUGGCCGCGUCGACGAUGUUGUUAACGAUUGUUGCGGGUACUGCCCAGUUCCCAAGACGGCAGAAGAAAAGGAGGUGGCGGAAGAGGAAGGGAAGAUCUAUGUCUCGGGCAAGGUAUCGUUUAUGAAGGACGACCCCGGCAGACAGGAAAUCGGCUCGUUCAACCCCCUAACCGAUGACGACUGGACCGAGAUGGCAUAUGUCGGCAACACAGCUCGACUCUGCCAGGCCAUCGUGGAUGAGGACCUCGAUCACGUCGUAGACUGGCUCGCCCAAGAAGGCGCCGACCCCAAUACUCGUGACUACACUGGCAGGACUCCGCUACAUCUGGCGGCGAUGAGCUCCACGCCUGAGGUUGUUCGAGCACUUGUCGACGCUGGAGCCCGUCUCGUCGCUCGCGUGGCGGACGGUAGAACGGCACUCCAUUUCGCCGCUGCUCGUGGCCAUGCUGAGAUCCUCAAGAUUCUCUUGGACAAGAGCGUCGCCAACGAAGCCGAGCAUGAAGAGAAGCAAGACCAGCGUCGCCGAGACAAAAACGCCAUGGAGGUCGAUCAGGACAAAGCUAAAAGCAACGAGUCAGACGGCGCUGAGGAGUCCGACGGCGAGCUUAUCGAUGGAUCCGAUUCCGGCGACGAAGGUCAGAGCAUGGCAACAGGAUCUUUUGUCAAGGUCGGGAAGAAUGAACCCGAGUCGCUCGAUGAGAUCGCACUCCAAGAUGCCGAGGAGGAGCCCGACUUUUACGACAUUAACGUGGUCGCCUGGGACAGGCCUUGCUCGGCCUUGCACUUUGCAAUCGUUGAAGGUCAUGUGGAGGUUGUCAAGACUCUGGUUCAGGAGUACGGCGCCGAUGUCCUGCUGCCGGUCAAGUUCGGGGACCAGUCCAAGACCAGUUACGAUGCCCUGCUCACCCUGGUUCUCGCCCUUGCUCUCCCCGUGGAGAAAGCAAAGGAGAUAGCCAAGGCGCUUCUCAGUCUCGGGGCUACUUCAGCCCAAGCAGACAAGAAUGGCGCCACUGCUUUCCACCGCUACGUCACAGCAAACGCGAAAUCGUUGCUCGAGACACUUUGGGAAAAUGACCCUGUUGGAACCAACACGGCUAUUCACCAUAUCGCCUUUGCCAACUCUUCUACCUGCGAGAACCCGUUGCAAGCCGCUAUAAAUAACGGAAACCUAGCCGUGAUCUUGAAGUUACUCGACCACGGUGCCGUCCCACAAAUCGAGUUCGAAGCCUGGCUCAAAGCGGCAAAGCAAUCUCCGGCGAUGGAGAACCAGCUACGAACCUUCGAAGACAACCAGAAUCGCUACAAACAGAUGGUGGAGCAACCUUUGAUUCUCGCGUUGCGAUCAUCCAAACCCGAAAUUGCCAUUGAGCUCUUGGAGCGCGGCGCUGACCCCAACGUUGUCGACAAGUCAGCACAGUAUUACCUGCAGGCGACUUGGGCCCCUCAGUUCACAGGCGAGUCCGCGUUGGACAUUGCAAACAACCAAAUCAAGGUUCUCGGUGAAUACAACGACAGUGCCGUGACGAGGAGAACUCGUCCCCCCACCAUGCCCGAAGGAACCGACAUAUAUCUCAAGAAGUACGAAGAGGGGACAUACGAGCAUUGGUCUAUAUCCAAGGCGGUUCGCAAACUCCAGGAGUCUCAUGACCGGAACCUCAAAAAGUACGAGAAGGACAAAGUGUUGGACGACCGCAGUUCUGGCCUCAAGGAGAAAGAGGCGGUGAUUGUGGAAGCCAAGGAGCGGAUGGAGAAGGUCAGGGAAGCUUUGAUUGCCAAAGGAGCCAAGACCUUCCCGGACAUUUACCCCGAGUUCAAGCACCGCUUGAACAAAAAGAGGAAUGACCGCUACAAUACCCUUGGCCGGAACAACAUCUCCACGCCUUUCAAGUACAUAUUUUCCUUCAGGAACGUCAACGAUGUGACCGAGUCAAGGAACGCGGCCUAUCACAAGCUGUUCAAUGCCGCCUUCAAUGGUGACCUUGAGACCAUAAAGAAGCUGACAUUGACCUCCUGGGAUGAUGCCAAGGAGGAAGCUCCCCUCAAGAUUGCUGUUUACGACCAAGGCUCGCAGAACCCAUUCUCGCUUGCUUACAACCGCGGCCACUAUGGUGUAGCGAAGGCGGUUCUCGAGAUUGUGCAGGCCCAGUAUUCCCCAGGAGAGAAAUCCAAGACACGUUACAGAAUGGAGGAUGACGCCGACUGCGACGACGAGUACUCGGAAGACGACGACUCGGAGAACGAGCCGGAUGAUGUGUCCAUGCACGGCGAUGAUUCUAGACCAAGGAUCUAUGGUCACAUCGUCGACGAGCACUUCACAAUCGACAACGUGGGCCAAGUGUCGAUGAAGGUGAACAGCCGCACCAAGCCUCUGGAUAUGGUGGCAUGGACAUCUCCCUUGACCAAGGUCAUCUCGGAUAACGACAUGCCGAACCUGAAAUUCCUCCUCGAUAUCUACGAGUACUGGAGCUCCCAAAAGCUCGAUUCGGAGGAUGAGGCUUUAGGCUUCUUCUCCUUCCCCAUUAAAGAGUUCAAACUUGCAGUCAAGUUGGGUCGUGUGGAGUUGCUUGGAGAAAUCAUCAAGCGCACCGGCGCUGGGUUACCCUUGGAGCAUAUGGUGAAAGGUACAGGCAUAGAACUACAGGUCAAGCCUCGGUACUACCAGGGGCUGACGGUCUACGGAAAGAAGAGGAAUGACUGGGCUCAAGCUGGUCGGGAGACGGUCAACACAUCAUCUGGUGGUACUCAAACCUCGCCCCUUCUACUCGGUGCUUUUGACGCCCGGAUCGAAACCGUGGAGUGGUUCCUCAGCGACACUCCGCUGAGGCAUUAUCUCACGUUUGCCAAGUCUAAGGCAGCCCGCGACAACGUGAAGUUGAAACAUCUGGCUCAAGCUCCGGGCGGAUUUGAUGGCGCCAUCUCCAAGUGGCUCGAUGAUCAGAGCGAACUGGUCCUCCACGCUGCCAUCCUUGCCCCCCCAACACAGAGGGCCAUUGAUUUGGCGUCGUAUCUUGUCAAGACUCAGCCGUUUUUGGUUCACGUCAAGUCAGCAAAUGGUUCAACACCGCUUCUGCUUGCCUACCGCCUGGGCCGGUUCGAUGCUGCUAAGAUUCUAAUCCAAGCGGGAGCUGACCAAACGGCCAAGGAUUAUCAGCGGAACAAUCUUUUACACGUUGCGCUGAACGCCGUUCCAGAUACGAAGACACUGAAACCGAUGUUGGAUCUCCUCGACCGCAGCGCACUCAUUCCGAUGCUGAAAGAGCGGAACAAGCUCGAACAGCAGGGCCGAACACCCCUGCACCAAUACUGCGCUGCCACAAAGCACUAUCUUGGCAAGGCCGCUAACAAGGUGAUUCGCAUGUUCAAGUUGUUCAAUGAUAUCUCGCAAGAAGCCACCAACCAAGCCUUCAAGACCCUCGAUGGCACCGGAGACACCCCACUACACACCUUGCUAGCUACGGACGCGGACCCGGCCAUCAUCCGCGCCGUCAUCGACUUAGAUUCAAGCCUCUUGUGUUAUGAGAACGCCGUUGGCCGUACGCCGGCCGAAGUUGCUCAUGAUCGUUAUCUCUCGAUUCAUAUCAAAGCGCCGGGCCACAACUAUUAUCAUAGGGACACGUCGCUGUCAUCGUUGGUGCAUCAGCACCCCCCUGGUUUCAUCAAGGAGAAGGAAUGCGAAGAGCCCAGGGAGCAUGAAUCUACAGCCACCGUCGCUAAGAAUUGGCGUCUGUGUGCCGACAGCAUGGCGCGCGAUGGCCAGCCCAAGCGAACGCUGGUCAGCCUCAACGCGGCCAAUUUUGUCGCAAAGCGACUCGGCGAGCAGAACACGAGGGACCGCUACCAGUUCAAGCUGGUGAAGAUCGACGAAGAUGCCGCUGCAGCGUCAACUAGUUCGGAGGAUAGCGACAACGAGGCUGGCGAUGCACCAGCCCCGGUCAAGCCCGUGGUCAAGCCCCCGGUCGAUGCCAUCGCAAAGAAGACCAAACCCCGGCGGGUGGACGUCGUCUCCGAGAGAUACUACCAGACGAAUGACGCCUGGGUACGCCCUCGGAAGGAAAAGAAGAGGAGUGAUGAUGACGCGAGCGACAACAGCGACGGCGACGAGAGUGUGAAGGAUGAGAACGAGGAUGAGGACGAGGACGACGAGCUGUUCCCCGUUUGCGGCAAGUGUGGCGAGCGUCACUACCGGCUUUGGGUUGCUGAGAUGACGACCAACUUGAAGAAAGUGCAGAGCUCGGAGGAUACCGAAAUGCUGUAG